UUUUGCCGUUUGUCCGAUCUCUAGACAGCAGCCGACUGGUUUUUCUCUUUUUCUCUACUAUUAACUCUUUCUUUCCUUUUUCUAUUACUUUUCAACACAAAAAUGUUCGCUUCGAUAAAAAUUCAACUUUUACGAUUAAAAAAUGCAAAGUGAAAACUUUCCAAAUAAUAUAAUAGAUAUAGGAUUCUGUUGCUAUUUUUUACUUAUUUUAUCUCUAACAAUAUACUUAUUGUGCCUAGAUUGUUAUUGUUUAUUUAUAUCGUUAUAGAGUUAGUUACUGUCUUACUUGUUUAUUCUUUUGUUAGUGCUAAGACUUUUUGGGUUUAAUACCUAACAAACUGUUUAGAAUUUUAAAUAAUUUUCAAUUUAAUUUUUAGUGCUUCUAUUAAAUUUUUUAGAAGAAAAUGUUUUAUUCUUUACCAAUCGAGACAAGACUUGAUAUUUUUAAAUGUCUCAACUAUAAGGAAUUGUGUUCAAUCAGUCAGACGAAUUUUUAUUUUUAUGAUUUUAUUAAAAAUUUUGAAGAUAAACUUGCUCGAGAGGAAUUUUAUAAUAUUUCUAGUUCAACGGAUAACGAAAUUCUUGAAGAAGUCAGAGAAGUUCCUCGUAAAAUAAUUAUACUCGAAAUUGAAAAUUUUGACUUUCCGUUGCCAGAACAACUUGAAGAGAAGUGGAAAAAUGGACUAGAAAAACCAAUUCCGUUGUAUUUACCUGUUCAAAAUUCAAACGUCAAAGAUACUUAUAUUUUUAUUUGCUUAUCUAAAGGUUUCUGUCAAACUUUUUAUCUUUUGCGACUGCCAACAAUUAUUACAAACAAAGAGGACAUCAAAAUUGUUUAUAAUUGUUUAAAUAAAUUAUUUAAAUGUGCUUUUAAAUGGGGCAGCUUUGAAGAUUUUAUAAUCAACCCAGAAGUUAUUGAAUUAUUAUUUGGAAAUGCUAAACAAUUUUAUAUUCAAAAAUUUUGGCUGUUUUUGGAUUGCAAUAUUGGGGAUAAUUUAAAAUUUGCUUUGAAUCAUUUGAUUAUUACUGAUUACCUUCAACUUAAUUUUUGCCCGGAUAAAGACAAAACAAAAACUAUAAAUAUUUUAUCUACAAUUUUAAUGAGUGGAGACAAGUUUAAUGCAGUUCUAUUAAGGUCGAAGAAUUUCAAACAACUUUUUGAGUUUGUUAUGAAUGUAAGUUUUUAG